GUUGGGAGCUGCAAGAGGGAAAUCAGAGAGAGUAACUUAUGUUGUUGCAUCCUGCUCAGGAGUCAUUGUACAGCUGCAAAAUGUUAACCUACUUGGCCGUAGUCUGUCUCCUGUUCGCGCCUGUGCAAGGAGAAUGUCGUUCUGGUUUCACGGGGUAUAAAUGUGCCACAAGGUGUGCCCCAGGCUGCCACAACGGAAGCUGUAGUCUACAACGCCAUGGUGGAAUAGCAUGUGACGAUGGUUGCAAUGAUGGCUUUUCUGGGGAAUCAUGUCGUACCCGCUGCUCUGGACAAUGCGAACGCUGUGAGCGAUAUCAGAGUGAAACUUGUCUGCAAUGCAACUCUGGGUAUUAUGGUGACUUUUGCCAACAUAACUGCGGAUCUUGUGGGGCGGCCGGGUGUGAUAAGGAUGGAAUGUGUAACGAGCGACCUCUUAAUUGUGAUGGUGGAGUUAUUUGCGGGAAGACAUGUAUCCAGAAUUGCCGGCGGUGCACCCACACUGGAACGUGCAGUGUCUGCCAGCAAAACUAUGUGGGCGACAGUUGCCAAAAGCUUUGUAAGAACUGCCUUGGAACAUGCACACCAGCUGGCUGUCUCGAUGGCUGCAGAUGUGGGUAUACUGGUCUGUUUUGUCAGAAGCAGUGCAGCAGCAAGUGCUCGGAAACCUGUAGCAACAAUGGAAGCUUGUCCAGGGACAUGUGCGACAGUGUGGAUGGAACUUGUCUUGAAGGUUGCAAAGAUGGCCAUUUUGGAGAACGGUGCCAGCACGGGUGUAAUAAGAAUUGCAAAUUGAACAUCUGCGUCCAAGAAGGCGGGAAAUGUCGCCAUGGCUGUAACAGUGGGUACUAUGGUGAAAGCUGUGAACAUGCUUGCGACAACUGUCAGAAGAACAGGUGUUCCAGGAAUGGACGUUGCUAUGAAUGUAAAAAUGGUUAUUUCGGCCCGGACUGUGACCUGACAUGUGAAUCCAUAUGCAGCUUUUCUUGUGAGAGGUACACUGGAGUCUGCGUGGCCAAAAACACAACAGCCGAUGUCACCAAACAAACAAGCGGCGCUACACGAGUGGGUCAGUUGUCCGUCGUCAGUUCGUCGACCCAGAACAUCUCCGAAAUCAAUCUGGCAGAAGCGAAAUCAAAACUGACCGCUGGUUCGCGAGGCAUCGUGUUCUGGUCAUGCAUUGCCGCCGGCCUCGCUGUGACUACAGUCCUCACCCUGACCUGCAUUGGCUUAUGCCGACACAGAUCCAAGAAACGGCGUUUGCAAAGGAAGAUGGAGACGAUUCCCCAGGCACCUAAAAUAAGCCAAGAAGACCUUGCUCCGGAAGUGCCUUCUUCGGGCAGACCCUAUGCCUGCCAAAAUGACUAUGAGGAAAUACCUGACUUGUCUUAUGAAAUCCCUGUUUUGACCCGAGUUAAUAUGGAUGAGCACCAGACCGUUGUAAGAGGAGGAGACGCCCGCCCUGCAGGAGACGGCAAGAUGCCAAGGAAGGUUUACCUGAAGGACAACACGAGAAGGUGCAGAUCUAAAGAUGUCCAUGUAAACAAGUACCUGUCCGUUGUGGACACUGCUUCCACGGAUGGAUACCUGGACAUCAUAGGCUGACUCUAGCCGUAUGUUGUGCCUGGUGCACAUACUUUAAUAAUGGACGGAUACAAUUACUGUCUCUACUGCAGACAGUGUGUUUUUUCCUUACUAUGUCAACAUAAUGAAUAUUCCCGGAAUGUUUAAAUAGGGGGAUAACUUGUACAUAAGCGGAAACAUUUAUUGGUUUUGUUGAGAAGUUUAAACGCACUUUCUGGUUAAUUCACGGUUGAAAACCUAGACCUUGUGUUUCUAAUAAUGUUAGUGAUAGUUGUAAAUAUAUACCUCGGUGUGUCAGUUUGAUGUGAAAGGACACUCCCGAAGCGAUGAAGGUCAUAUUGAAACUCACGAUCACACGUUCCUGUGCAGCCUUCAAAUGCUUGACGAUUUGUCAAUACCAUUGUGAAAAAGAACAAAAUUUGUUACAAAGUUUCACAAAUCAGGCAGAGUUUAUGUAGCGGAAGUGGCCAUUGACGAUUGUUCCGUAUGUAAAAUUAUGUAAAUAUAUUCUUACUUUUAUUGUAUAUCUUUAGUCAUCAUAAAAAAAAAAUUGUUUUACUUUACAUUUUCGCUAAUACUUGUAUAUAUUUGAGAUAUGGAAUAUUCUUUUCAUACUCUGAAAUUUGUACAUUUUAUUUUUUUAUUAUAAUAUUUUAAAGAACACUAUGCCUCAUGAUUCUGUAAAAAAAGCAAUGUUGAUGUAAUCGCUUUUUUAAAUAAAAAGGAAUGGAU